AUGAGGCGCCGGCCUGCCCCGCCUCCUCCUCCUCCCGGCCACGCCUCACCACUCCCGCCCCGGAGCCGGCCGGCCGCCGCCGCCAAGUUGGGCAACCCGAGGCUCGCCCCGGGCCAGCCGCCGCCGCACACAAAGCUCGGGCGCCCACCGCUGCUCGCGUCCGCCUGCGACUCCCGGGAGAGCCCGGGGGAAGGAAGGGAAGGAGGGGCUGAGGAGGCGCCGCGGGCCCGCGGGGGCGUCGGCCCGGCCCCCGCCCGCCCAAGCGCCCGGCGGGAGGCCCGGGAUGCUGCGCCGCCGCCGCCGCCGCCGCCUCGCUGGCCCCCUGGCCCUGCCCGAGGGGCGCGUCCCUCCCACAGACCGGCCCUAGCGGGGAAUCACGCAGCCCGCCGCCCCUGCCGCCGGCCGGCCCAGCCCGCCCGCGAGCAUCGGUGCCCGGGCCCGACCACGCAGCCUGCCGGGCCGGCUGUCAGGGCUGGAGGAGGCUUCCUGCCCCCUCCCCCGCCCCAGGGCUGCCAAACCCCGGAGGGCGGAGGUGAGCGGGGAGGAGGGGGCCGGACGGGUCUGCGCGGAGGCUCUGCAGCGGGAGAGGAGCGGCUCCUCCUGGGUCCUAGGCUGCCCCGCCCGCCUGACAGCCACAAACCCGCGCUGCGCACUGAUGGGCGCAGCCGCGGCCCGCGCUUCUCCGCCUGGGAAGCGGAACCGCGCAGGCCAAAAACUACAAAGGAAGGAGAUUCAAGGGCAGGGACUUCAUCCCUCAGCCAGCCGCCAAACGAGGAGCCAAGGCCGGCCUAG